AUGGCGGCGGCGGGGGGCGCAGCGAGCCGCAAGGGCCCCAGACGGCCCUGCCCCUUCUCCAUUGAGCACAUCCUCUCCAGCCUGCCCGAGCGGAGACCCCCGGCACGGGCCGCCCGAGCGCCGCCGACCGCCGGCCGCCAGAGCCCCGCGGAGCCCGGGGAGCCCGGGGCGCCCGAGGCCGCUCCCUGCGCCUGCUGCUGCUGCUGCGGGCCCCGCGCGGCGCCCCGAGGGCCCCCGGAGCCGGCCGCCGGGCUGGGCGCGCGGCUGCCGUGGCCGCUGAGACUGGGCCCCGCCGCGCCCUUGCCCUUGGCCGCGCCCACUGGAGGUUCGGGGGCGCUGCCCGGCGCGGGCGGCCCCGGGCCGCAGCGGCGCACGCGGCGCCACCGCACCAUCUUCAGCGAGGAGCAGCUGCAGGCGCUGGAGGCGCUCUUCGUGCAGAACCAGUACCCCGACGUGGGCACGCGCGAGCGCCUGGCCGGCCGCAUCCGCCUGCGCGAGGAGCGCGUGGAGGUCUGGUUCAAGAACCGCCGGGCCAAGUGGCGACACCAGAAGCGCACGUCAGCGACCUCGAGGCUCCUCCCCGGAGCCAAGAAGGCCCCAAAAGACAGCUCCUGAUGGCCCUGGUAGCCAUUCCUGGUCUUGUCCGCGUCUUCGGGGGGCCGACUAGGAGAGAGGACAGAUCUACCCGAGAUCGAGCUGAGAGAGGACACCAGCCUCUUCCCAUCUGUCUGCAGGACUUCCGGCUUCUGGAGCUAGUGCUCAAGGCAGGAGCGGGCUGCUGAAGUGUGUGUCCCCCCGCUCCCCAUCUGCCUUGUCACCUGCCCCGGGGAAAGGAGGGAACACUGAGCAUCUCCAUGUGCUCUCCUCUGCAGU